CUGACCAUGUCGCACGGUUUUUAACACGACUGAGAAACAAAAACUAUAAUAUAAUACUAUAAUCGUAAUACACAAAUAAACAUACAAGUGACGUUUAAUUUUCUACCAAUCGUACGAACGAACAAACGAACGAACGAUCGAUUUAUCAAUCGAUUCGAAUAACUUGACCGAUGAUAGUUCAAUCAUACUUACACGCAUACACAAACAAGAAGUUGAAGAAGAAGAAGAAGAAGAAGAAGAAGAAAAAGAAGAAGAAGAAGAAGAAGGAGAAUAGGUAAAGAGAAAAAAAAAGACAAAGUAACGUGACUUCUUUCGUCUACGGGCAAUCUGACGAGUGGUCUUCAGAGAGACACAGACUUACUAAGCGGCUCUUCUGAACUACUACUACUACUACUACUACUAUUACUACUAUUACUUUCACACUCGAGACUCGAUCUUGAAAACUUCAAGUACCAUUCUCAAUACGGAUAGUUCAAAUCUAUCUGGCCUGCUACCUGCUGGGUGGGUGCUGGUAUUACUGAAUCAAAAGGAUCAACGCCGCUUAUAACGACAUUUCAAGAUGACUAUAGAAGCUUCCUCAAUGAUAGUAGACUAUCUGGUCUUUAUUGCAUUCAUCGUGAUAUCCUUUGUCCUACCAUUGUGGGGAAAAUUUCGACGAAAAACCAAAGAAACCAAGGCUGAUUAUGUCUUCGCAACCGGACACGUCUCCAUGGGGGCUAUGAUGUUAUCCAUUGCUAGAGGAACUUUAGGUGUCAGAAGUUUCUUAGGUUAUCCUUCUGAAUUAUAUUACAAAGGCAAUGCUAUGUGGGAAACUUUGUAUGGUAUGCUUUUAGCAUAUCCAAUCGUUUGUUAUAUUUUCGUACCGGUUUACUAUGAUCUUGGUAUUACAUCGGUUUAUCAAUACUUGGACAUGAGGUUCAAAUCUAAACUGGUCAGAUACAUUGCAAGUUUUUCUUACGUUAUAAGAAGCUUGUUAAAUUUAUCUGUGACAGUUUUCACUCCCUGUGUUGCAUUAAAAGCGGUCAUUGGUUUACCAUAUUGGGCAAGCAUAAUCGGUAUCGUCACGAUAUCGGUUAUUUUCACGUUAAUGGGAGGUUUAAAGGCUGCCAUUUUGUCGGACGUUAUUCAAGGAUUAAUGAUGAUCGGUAUAUCGAUCGUUUUAAUCGUUCAAGGUACCAUUGAUGUUGGCGGUGUUAAACAGGUGGUCAACGUUACCGUAGAACGUGGUCGUUGGGAAUUUUACAAUUUCGACAUGGACCCAACGAUACGCGUGACAACUGUAUCAGCAGUGCUUGGUCAGCUGUUUAUGAGCCUAUCAAUUCUCGGAUGUCAACAGAAUUUUGUUCAGAGAUACUGCAGUAUGAAAAGCAAGAAUGAAGUUGUAAAAACUAUGAUGGCAAACGUACCGACCAUUGCCAUACUAUUCUCCUUAUCCUGGGUAGUGGGAAUGGUUAUCUUCGCCAACUACGCCGAUUGCGAUCCACUGAGCAUGGGUUACAUCUCGAAAUUCGACGAGAUAGUACCGUUCUUCGUUCAAGACAAAUUCCUCAGCAUGCCAGGUCUAUUGGGUCUUGUAAUGGCGACUUUGUUCAACAGUGCGCUAACAUUAGCCGUAUCCAACCUAAAUUCUCUAGCAACGGUGACGUUCGAGGACUUUCUAAGUCAAAUUCCAUCAUUGAGUAAUCUCAAGGAUACCAUGCAAUUACGAACGAUCAAGAUAUUAUCCGUGUUCUACGGUUUAAUAAUAAUCGGUUUAAGUUUCGUCGUUGCCACGUUGUCCGGUGUGAUAGAAUCAUCAAUGUUAAUGACCUCAGCAACUUCCGGACCACUUUUAGGUGUAUUCAUAUUGGCAAUGCUCGUGCCGUGUGCCAAUUGGAAGGGUGCAUCCGCGGGAAUGAUUUUCAGUCAUUUCAUGACACUGUGGUUGACAUUCGGACAUUUAACUGUUGAAACUAAAGACGAUGUGUUACCGUUGUCAACUGAUGGCUGCCAAAACGACACUUUUUCAUCUUGGAUCACGAAACCGAGCAACAUGUUAAAUCCCGUAUGGAACGUCUCGACCAUUGUCAACAAUUGGGAUGAUAAAACAUCGACUCUGCUAAAUCCAGAGCCCCCUGAGAAUACACUAACAUUUAUCUACGCUAUUACUUACAUGUAUUACGCCUUGAUAGGCAGUUUAUCGACGAUUCUAGUUGGAAUAAUAGUCAGUUUACUAACGACUAAUACCAAGGAGGAUGCUUACGAGUUACACUUGUUACAUCCGCUAGCCUACAAAUUGUCCACACUAUUCCCAGGCAAAAAAAGACUUUACGCAAGUAGCACGCGUCUCGACAAUGGUAACAAUCCAAUAAACGCAACUACAUCCUCCUCCGUAACCUCGAUUUCUACUGGAAAUGAGAAGACCAAUACGAAUCAAGGUACUCUACAAAAUAACGGUAAAAAUCAUUUCGAUAAUGGUUACAUUCAAAAAUUAAACGCAUUGAAGGGUGUCACGUUGGAAGUUACCAAUGAAAUCUCCAAAGGUACGAGAUUAUGA